AUGAUGAAUAACAAUACAAGAACGAAUAAUACAAGCAAUAGUACAAGUAAUACAACUGGAAAUACAAAUACCACUGCUGCUGACCAAAUGAUCCCUAGAAUGGUGGCUGAUAUAAUUGCACAGGAUUUAAUCACAAAAAUUAACAAUAAUUAUGGGGAUAGAAGAAAUUAUCCUGAAGAUAAAUCUGAGGAGGAAGAAGAAAGAGAUGUUGAUAAUAAAAAAAGAAAAGGGAGACCUAGAAAUAAAUCUUCUAGGGAUGGAGAAAGAAAUAAUAGAAGAAAUCGUAAAUCUGUUUGGCCAGUUAGUGGAAGUAAUCUUUACCAACAAUCAAGCCAACCACAACAAUUAACAGAACAACAAUUAGAACAAAAAUUCCAACAAGUAUUUCAACUACUUCAAAGACCCCUAACCCCAAUCCAACCACCAGAGCCGCCAAUUCAACCUCCUGAAUUUCCAAUCCUCCCAAAACAAUCAGAAGAUAUUGAAAUAAAUAAACCUACAAAAAUGGGUCCUUUACGUGUUAUACAUGUUAAACCAACAGUAAAUGGACGUUUUGCUACUGUUGGGUUAUCAGAAUAUGAAAAUCAUGAUUUAAAACAUCCUUUUGAGGAAGGCUUUGAAUAA